AUGGGUUGCAAAGGGCUCUGCAGAAUUACCACGGGAUUUCAGGGCGCCUUGACCGGCAUCGGCGUUGAAGAUGUUGCCCCGUACGUGAAGGAGUACUUCAAGAAGAGCAUCGAGGCCGUUAAAGGAGUCAACAAGUGGUCUGGUUGGAAGGUCGCUGUGAGCGCAGAGCCGGUUCCAUCAGCAGAGCUGCAUGAUUGCAACGAUAUCGACCCGCCUCCGUCCAGCGUCGGCUCACAGUCGUCAAUAUCCAGCAACGAGUCGUCAACACUUUGCGUCGAGUCAUUGGCGUCGAGCGUCGGGUCGGCAACCUCUCACUUCGACGCGGUUGCGACGCGGUACUAUCUAGUCGGCAGACCUCACUUCAUGGCUCCCGGAAUGGUCGGGCGUGACACUCAUGGAUAUGUGGCAUAUGAUCCAGAACGGGACAUUUUCAUGUUUCUCAAGAAUGCGUGGCGUAUUGACCUUCCCGGAAUUGAGAAGGAGGGAGAAAUGCUGGCGCUUCUCAACCGGAAGGGAGUCAAAUUUGUCCCAAUGCUCGCCUGUCAUGGUGAUGUCUCCAAUAAUGUUCGAUCUGCGUCCAUGAGACAAUUCCAGCCACAGAGAACAGUUACGCAAACGUUUUGGAAGUCGCCUGUUGGACCUGUGCCAAGACAACCCUAUGUGAACGCAUGCCCACUAUCGCCUUGUCGUCGCUAA